AGGACUUGGCUUUCAACUCGCUCCUCACUGCCGCUUUUGUUGACUUGACCGAGCCAGAACAGUAGUCACGUGACGACAUGUACGGAGGUUAGGACAUUGCAGGGAAGCAACGCAACGUUCUCAGCCGUUCCGCGCUCUUCUUACUGCCAGCGGCCUUAUAUUACUGCUUUCUCUUUCGCCAGCUUGUCUCCGUCACCAGGGAGAGAACGACUCGUUCUUGAGCCCCGGCCAGUCCCACCCGCUCCCUGCACUUGGCAUUCUCCCCUCAGAUCUCGCCGCUUGCAUCCUGGCGUCGCCGCUAGUCUCAGCGCCAGGCUCGGCGCGCUGCGAUGGACGCCGUUUACGGCUUGCUGUCCGGCAGCUGGCUGCUCGGCGCGCCCAAGGUGCCGGAAAAGGCGGAGCCAGUUGAUGACGUGGACAAGGAAGCGCCUAAAGAAUGGACGACCAAGUACCCGUUCAGGAGCGACGAUCCGACGGAGCAGCGGCUGAAGCAGCUGCUGGACGCGUACGAGGAGUCGAGCCGACAGGGCGCGUCAGCGGCGUCGAACGCGACGCUGCUGGUGUUCCUGUCGGCGCUGGUGGAGGCGUACGCUGACUGGUUCCCCCCGGACCCCAGCGCGGACGCCGAUGACGCCGACGACGACGCGCAAGGGGGCGAGGGCGGCGAGGGCGAGGGGGAGGCGGCGGGGGAGCGCCUGGGGCAUCCGCUGGAGGUGGUGCGGUGUGUGGCUCGCCAGCUGGCAGAGUUUGCACGCGUGGCGAAUUCACGAGGGCCAUCCACGUCUGCAGAGGAGCAGGCAGCCAAUCAGGAUGCGCCAGCUGGCAGCGCACCAGAGGGUGUGAGCCGGGGCAGCUCGUCUCUGGGCAGCACGUCGCUCUGGAUCGCGUCGUUGGCUCUGGGGGGGGGGGAACGGGCGAGGGGGCGGGGCGGACAAGGGGGAGGCGGAGGAGGGGCGGGCGGAGGAGGAGGCGGCGGCGUGGGAUCGCACGAUGCUGGCUCUGCGCGCGGCGUCCAUCAUCUCGCGCAGCGCGUACAACCGCAAGCUGCUCGCCUUCUUCAGAAGCGUCUCCGCCGCAUAUCAGCGGACCUGCGGGUGGCAGCAGCGCCCAUUAUCUCCCAUCCACUCGCCCCCUCGCCGCAACCCAACCCGCCUCGCCCCACACCGGGGAGGAGCAGCAGCAGCAGUGGGCGGGCGCCCGGCAGUGCGUGGGGGGCAGAGUUUGGGGUCAAGCAGACGGGGGCGGAGAGGGACGUGGAUGCGGCACCACCUGCUGCUGCUGCUGGGGGCAGGGAAGGGGGGGGGGGGGCGGCAGCAGCGGCGGGGUGGUUGUCUGGGGAGCGGCGGAGUGUGCUGGUGGCGGUGCUGCUGAGCUGCGCCAUGAACGCGCUCUCGCUGCUCGCCAACUUCCUCGACGCCGAGAUGCACCGCAUCGCAGCCCGCGACGCCUUCCCCCCCGCGCACAUGCCUCCCCUCUCCUCUCUCGCACACACCCCUGCCCGCGCCUCCCCCUCCCCCCGCAGCGGCGCCCCCUCCCCCCGCCACCUGGCGUCCCCCUCUGCCCGCCUGAGGGGCAGCGGCAGGGGCAGCGGGCGGUGGCGGGGGCGGGGGCUGGGAUUUGGGGAGGAGCUGGCGGGCACGGCGUGGGGGGGCAGAGCAGGGGGGAGGGGGGCAGGCGGGGACGAUCCGUACGAGAGGAGGCGGGAGGUGCGCGCCAUCGUGGAGGCCGUGGAGACCAAGGGGCUGGCGGCGCUGCUGGCAUUGGUCCCCCCACUGCGUGAGAUCCAGACAAAGCGAGCCGCCCACUGCAUAGAGGCGGGCGGCACGCUGCUGCUGGCGCUGCAGGUGAUGCGGUCGGUGGUGUACGCCAGUGUGUCGGCGCGCGCCUCCUUCAUCGCCUCCGACGGGCUGCACCAGGCGCUCGCCCUCAUCACCUGGCCAACCCACCUCCUCAACUGCCACCUGGAGCGCAUCAUGGAGCUGGAGAACGAUCUGUUUGAGGAGUUCAGCAUCCAGCUGCUCGCCUUCUCCGUCAUCCAAGAAGCCAUCUUCCUGAACGCGGCGGCGCUGGAGAUGGUGCGGGACGUGCAGGGCUUCCGCUGCUUCUCUUGCUUCCUGCGCUGGGCCGCCUUCCUCUUCACCAAGUCCUCCUCUGCCCUCUCGCCUGCCCUCGUGCUGCCGCCGCAGCCCUGCCUGUUGCCCUCUCUGUCCACGUCCCUCUCUGCCCCUGGCGACGAGGUGCAGGUGGAGGUGGAGCUGCCGGCCAUUGUGGCGCGCCGCGACCCCAAGGCGCUGCUCUUCGACGGCUCCGUGGGAGCCACGCCCAAACGCACCCCCACCGCCGCCGCCGCCGCUGCUGCCGCUGCUGGCCCACCCUCACCCUGCCUGCAAGUCUACGGAGCAGCAGCAACGGUGGCGGCGGCGACAAGGGCAGGGGCAGUGUGCUGGCAGCAGCAGGUGACGGCGGGUGGGCACGGGAGCGGCUGCUGGCGAGCGCGACGUUCAGGCGGCUGGCGGCGGAGCGCAACAGCACGGACGAGGCGCUCAUGGCGUGGAACCCCCACGCCGCCGUCGCCUGCACCGUGCUCUGCCGCUUCCUCGCCGACAGCAUGCCCUCCGCCACCAUGCGCAGGGGGCAUGGGUACGGACACGCCCAUGGCCACGACACGGGGUGGGACGCAAACCCAGAGGAGUAUCGGGAGCAAGCGGCUCGCAGCAGUGGGCGACUGGCACGACGAGGCGGCAGCGCGCAUGUUCCGAUCGCUGUCCCCCGCACUGCAGCUGUUCGCCACGCACCAGCUGCGCCGCAUCCUCGGGUCGCUCUCCUCCGGGGCUGACUACUUCCGCUCCAUGCGUGUGUGGCACGCGCUGCUCUCGCCUGUCUUCUUCUUCUUCGGGGCCCGCCUCAGGCCGCGCCAGGUGCUGCCCUUGGCGCACCUGCUGGGCCCCAAGGCUGCCGCACUUGCUCUCCUGCCACCGAUGCCUGCUGCUGCUGCAGGCGGGCAGGGCAUGGCGGCAGGGGGGCAGGGUGCUGCCAUGGGAGGUGGAGGCGGGGCGGCCAGUGAGGGGCAGUGGGGGCAGUCGUUUGAGUUUCAGAGAGUGAGCUCGGUUGGGGAGAGUGCAGCAGGGGCGGACCCUGGAGCAGGUGCAACAGAAGGGGGUCGGGUGCUGUUGGCAGUGGGAGCAGCAGCACGGGCCAUGCCCUGGACUUGUCACUGGUGGACCCGUCUCUGGAGUACGUGGACGUGCCGGUGUCGGUGGAGGCGCAGCGGCUGCGGGGCGACAUAGUGGCGCUGGUGGAGCUGGCGGUGUCCGUGGACAUGGGGGAUGACUGCCUCACCGAGUGCGCGCUGCUGCUCGCCGCCCUCGAGGCCUGCUGCACGGAGCCCGCCCCUGCUGCCCUCCUGGUGCACGCGCUGCUGCGCCUGCUGCAGGCGGGGGGCAGCACCAUGGAGGCAGUGAGGGAGCUGGGAGCCGCCCCGCGCAUCGCCGCCAUCAUCGACAGACAGCACGCCGCCGCUGCCUCUGCUCACCCCUCCGCCACGCCUCCUGCCUCCCCCUCACAGCUCUCCAUCCCGCGCUCUAUCUCCCUCUCUGACCCUUCCUACCGUGUGCCCUCUGCCCUGAGCACAAACGGCGAGGAGGAGGAGGGCAGAGGGCGUCGUGGGGUGGUGUGCGGGGGGCGGUGUUUGCUCUGCUGGAGGUGGCGCUGGGGGACUCCGAUGCCGCCCUCGUGCACGCCGCUGCCGACCCCCAUGUCUUCCUGCCGCUGCUGCGCCUGCUGUGGGACGCGGGCAGCAGGGAGUUCGCCCUCCGGGUGCUCAUCCUCAUGAUGCAGGCGCCCUUCCUCGACUCGUCUGCCGGCCAGCCCCUGCUGACGUGCUUCUUCCACCUGCUCUCCCACGCC